AUGGCUACCUUGCUGAGCAUACUUCUUGCUGCCUCCGUGGCUGGCUCGGUGGCACAAUCGCCGUCCGGCUAUCGCUCGGCGCUGACCCACGUGGACUCGAAAGGUGGCUUUACCAAGACAGAGCUGCUGCACCGAGCAGCGCAUCGGAGCCGCCUCCGAGCAGCGACGAUGCUAUCGGGUUAUUCCACCACCUCUUCCAACUCGACCUCCCGGCCAAGGCUGCAGUCGGGCCAAGCCGAGUACCUGAUGAACCUCGCCAUCGGGACGCCACCGGUUCCGUUCGUCGCCCUUGCGGACACCGGCAGCAACCUCAUCUGGACGCAGUGCCAGCCAUGCAAGCUCUGCUUCCCGCAGGACACGCCCAUCUACAACACCUCCGCCUCGACCAGCUUCUCCCCGGAGCCUUGCUCCAGCGCCAUGUGCCAGAGCCUGCAGAGCGACAACAAUUGCACCCUCAACUCGCAGUGCAUGUACUACUACGAUUACGCCGACGGCGCCUACUCCGCGGGCGUCUUGGGGAGGGAGACCCUCACGUUGGGCACUACUGCGUCGGCCGUCUCUGCCAGCGACGUUGCGUUCGGUUGCGGCAGCGACAAUGGCGGCGACUCGUUCAACUCCACGGGGACGGUCGGGCUCAGCCGCGGGCCGCUGUCGCUUGUGGCGCAACUAGGGUUCGGGAAGUUCUCAUACUGCCUCACCGACUUCUUCCUGCCCAGCCUGAGCAGUCCAGUCCUGUUUGGCUCCCUCGCCGAGCUGGAACCUAGAGGAGGCGACACCAUGCAGACGACGCCACUGGUGCAGAACAUGGCGUACCCGUCAUGGUACUAUAUCUCCCUUGAGGGCAUAUCUCUCGGCGACACUCGCCUGCCGAUUCCAGAGCAGGCUUUCCAGCUGCGCAACGACGGCACUGGAGGGAUGGUCGUGGACUCAGGCACCACCUUCACUAUCCUGGAGGGAAGCGCUUUCAUGGUGGUCUUGGAUCAUGUGGCCGAGGUGCUCGGUCACCCGGCAGUGAACUCUUCCAGCUUUGAAAUCCCUUGCUUCCCGGCUCCAAGCGGCCAGCGGCAGCUUCCACCCAUGCCGGACAUGGUGAUGCACUUCGCCGGGGGCGCGGAUAUGAGGCUACACAGAGAUAACUACAUGUCAUUUGACGAAGAGGGGUCGUCGUUCUGUCUAAACAUGCUCGGUGAUGAUGCGACAUUGUCGGGUUCAGUCCUCGGUAAUUUCCAGCAGCAGAAUAUACAAAUGCUGUUUGAUAUCACCGUUGGGCAAUUAUCAUUUGCGCCAGCUGAUUGCAGCAUACUCUGA